AUGCUGCUGUCUGCAGUGUGUGUAAUGCUGAACUUGGCUGGUUCCAUUCUCUCUUGUCAGAACGCUCAGCUGGUAAAGUCCCUGGAAGGAUGUCAGUUGAUCAAAUUUGACAGUGAUGGUGUCUGUGUUUGCUGUGAAAUGCAGCAUCAAACAUCAGGCUGCAGUAACCUGGGAGAAACGCUGAAACUGAACCCUCUGCGGGAGUGUAAUGUUGUGAGGCUGACCCUAAAGGACCUGUUGUUCAGUGUGUGCGCUCUCAAUAUCAUCUCCACCAUUGUCUGUGCUUUGGCGACAGCAAUGUGUUGCAUGCAGAUGGUUUCUUCUGAUCUUCUGCAAGUGCAGGAUGAUAUCGCACAGUUUCUGCCACAGAGGCCACAUUCUACCAAUCCUGACUGUAUGACUCCACAUGGAACUAUCCUGCAUCAAACCUUGGAUUUUGAUGAGUUCAUACCACCAAUACCGCCUCCACCCUACUACCCACCAGAAUAUACCUGCACACCAGUGAUGGAGGCACAGAGAGGUCUCCAUUUGGACUUUCCUCAUUCCCCAUUCAGUGCUUUGUAUGAAGUAACCAUUAACAGCCCAGGAAUGCUGUAUCCAACUGAGCUGCCCCCUCCUUAUGAGGCAGUGAUUGGAGAGACACCUGCCAGUCAGGUCACUGGUACUGAUCAGCAAGUAUCUGAAUCAAGCGUGGGUGAGAGGAACAUGACCCUGGACUUCAGCACACAAGUUUCUGUUGAGAGCACCUCUUUGAUGGUCUCUGAGGCUGUUGAUAUCCCAGACCACAGCUGCUCCUCUGAAGAUCUUUGUUCACUAGAAGUUCAAGGCUCUCUCCAUUCUGCAGACCUUUCUCCCUACUGUACAACCCCCACAGGGGCUACGGACCAGAGCUGCAGCACUCUGGAUUACAGCAGCUGCUGCAAGUUCCACAGAACUCGCUCAGAGGGUUUUCCUGAUGAGGAUGACAGUUCCCGCAGUCGAGCCUCUACAGACAGGUCUCAAGGACAAGAAAAGAACUGUGCCCAUGGCAGGUCCUUGGAUUGUUGCUCAGAGAAUUUCAGCCCCCCAGAAAGAGAACUGCAGAGUUCUGCUCAUGAGAGCAAUGCCACACCACCUUUGAAGCAAAAGAAAAUCUGCUGUGCAGCCUUUAGCCAGCCUCUUGUCCCUUCCCAGACCUCUCCCUGUUUUGGGCCCACAAAUACUUCAUCAAAUACCAGUGGCCAUGAGCGUACUGUCCAGCAGCAUCACAUUACAAAACACCGAAUUUCCAAUAUAGUCCGAUCGACUAGUGACCCUGUAACAUGUUCAUCAUACACAGAAGGAGAUGGUUGUGCCUGGACUCCGAUAGGUAGCCAGUGUCAUGAUGCAGGACUAUCUCCAGCUACAUUAGAAACAGUUCCUGUUUCUGGUUCUCAUAUGGCUGCCUCUGCUUGUCAGCAUUCUUUGAGCAGUUUCCUACCGACUGGAAAACAGAGGGAUACAAGGAAAAUUGAUGUACACCUAAAGCCAAAGGCUUUGCACACAGUCUCAAAAGAGCGACCACAUUCUUUAGUGGACCUUAAGGCCUAUAAAGACACAAAAAUUUUAGUGGCAAAAUUUUUGGAACAUUCAAACUGUAAUCUCCCUCCAGAAGUACGUCACGUAGUGAACAGCAUACGAUCAGUAAUAAAAUCUGAUGAGAGACACAUGGAAGAAGCCAUCUUCAGUGCGAAUAUUAUAGACCAGGUAAUUACAAGUUCCCAGCAGAAUGUGAAUACCUCUAGAAAGCGACUUCAAGAAGAUCUUCAUCUGCAGAGCUGUGGUGCUCUGAGCUCUCCAGUUGCCUUCUUACGUAGGUCCCAUAUCACGCGCAGUUUAGAGCGGGACAGGCCUCACAGUUUAAUUGGAGUUUGCCGGGAGACCAUCCUUUGA